GAGAUCUCAAGCAAGCAAGAUUGUUUUACUGGAGGUAUAGGAAUCAGAAACAGGAUCGAUUUUAUGUAAAAUGAAGCAUCGCUUUGUGUUUUUCCUGUGCAUCUUGCUGCUCGGAGAAGAGUUUUCAAAAGCAAAAUCUGCUAUUGAACAGUUWARMCACAAUAAUGAUAUUGGCUUUGAUGACGAUUUUUAUGGCGAUUUUGAAAGCCAGGUCCAUGGUUCGCUCUCUGUUGACGAUGGUGCUGAAACUAGCGAGAGGUUCAGUAUUUUCGGAAAAGAAGAAACUGAUUCUCAUUCUAAAAUAAUGCACUUGGUCCGUCAGAAGCCCGUUGAUGAAUGUGCCGGGAAAAAAGGUUGGAUCACUACAGGCUUCAAAAUCUUUAAAAUAUUUGGUCAAGUUUCAGCAUACUCAACRUUGGUGGUUCAAUUAGGAACAGAAGUAUACUCAGCAAUUCGAAAGUGCAAAGAUAUCGCACCAGAUGCUGAAGGACUUGUUAACUCGUAUAAAGAAGAACGAAAAAAUGCAGAACGGCUUAGUCAAGAAGCUGAUGACUUGCAAAUUGCAUCUUUGCAGGAGCGAAAUUUUAUCGAAGCCACAACCAUGUUGUACCGUAAAAUUCUGUGCAAGUUAAACGAAAUAGACAAAGACAGUGAUAACAUGUUGUUGUCCAUUAGUCCUGAAGUUAGCCUUGCAACUGAAAAUGCCACCAGACAAAUAGAGAAACUCGUGCAAGAAAAGAACGAUACCUUAGAAGGCAUCACGUAUCUUGAAGUCGACAAACUCUACAGAAGUAGUCUUCAACAUGGCUUGGGUAUUKCAAUCCCUGCUAUUUUGCUUGCCUUGCCUGCUAGUUUCGCAUUGUUCAAGAUGGCAAGAAAGCGGUACAGACAACGAAAAGUAGCUGAUAUCGAAGUAAAUAGCAACGUAGAUCUUAAACUUCCAUCAAAAUCCAAGUUACCCAAGCUUUUCCGAAGUACAAAGUUUAGUAAAUGGAUUGGAAGAGUCCAAGCAAGAUUUCAAGAUCGAAUAAAAGGAUUAAAGGAUAAAUUCAACAAGUUUUUUGGAAGAAUUGGAAAGACCGUGGGUCGUGCUUUUAAUGGUUUAGCAUCAGUAGCUUCCAUAGCUUCCUCAGCUUAYUUUGCGUACAAAGCAAUCGCUUCGUUGCAUCACGAGUGUAGGACGCUGCGUGCGAAGGCACAAGAGGCAUACGACAAAUCCAUAGAAGCGGUCAAGAUAAUUAAUGAAACUUUAGUUGAUAUAAAAAGCUACAGAAAAGAAAUGGCUCAGUCUUGGAGUGAAAUGAGAGCUGAGCUCACCAAGGACGAGUUUCUUAAAUCAGUCCAAGAGACGAUGGUAACAAUGCAGAACGCAGCCAAUCAAAGCGAACCAAUGAAAGCUGUAGCACGAGGAAUCGGACAGUUUUUGGAUAWAAUUAAAACCACGAAUCAUACAAAUGAAACGUAUUCUGCAAGCCAUGAUCUAUACAACGCUCUCAUAAAGGUCCCAUUUGCCUACGUGUGCUACACAAACAAGAUAAACAUCAUUAACUACGUGGUUAAAAAAUGUAAAGAAGGUACAAAAACGUUGAAACAAAUCAUAGCYGAGCAAAAAUUGUUAUUUGGUGAAUAUGAUAGUGGAGAUGAUAAUGACCCUAGACGAUGUAAAGAUGACCUUGGCAUUGACUACCUUCCUGACCACAGUAUCGUUCAGACGUGGAUGGGAACCGCACAAGAAAAUGGUUAYCACCCUAUAUGCUACAUGAAUGACGAAAUAACAAGAGAAAAGAUCUGUGAUAAAUCAAGGAUGUUUGGAUGGGAUGCAUCGAAAAUAGCAAGCACACGGCACUUGGAUGAGGAUAAGGUUCAAGAAAUCAUUGAUUUGUUACCAGAAUUAGCGAUGCCCUCGUUAAUGCAGGAUAGAGUCUGUAAAGCCAGACAGGGAAACCCUCCAAUGWCGUUCGAACAAAUAAGAUCAACAUUUGUGGAUCGUUUGGAUAUCAAUGUUUCGAUUGAGCAGAUAAAAGCCGUACAGUGYAAUGGAACAAGAAAAUACCUUUGUGUGCCAUAUGAACAAACUGUAAAAGAGGCUUGGGAUGAGAAUCCAAUCAAGUUGCCAGAAAUACCCGAUGAAUGAAAAGAAGAUAAAUGAAAGCAUGAAAUAUUUCUAUUACAUCAAUUAUAAUUACACAUUACAUCUUCUCCUGAA